GAGUGUCUCCAUAAAGACCUAACCUAUCCAGUUCAUCAAAGCUUGAGAGAAGAGUAAGAGGCGAAGAUGUCGGAGCGCAAAGUCUUAAACAAAUACUACCCGCCGGACUUUGACCCGUCAAAGAUCCCCAAACUCAAGCUGCCUAAGGAUCGGCAAUACGUGGUGCGGCUCAUGGCGCCCUUCAACAUGAGGUGUAAGACCUGCGGGGAGUACAUUUACAAGGGGAAGAAGUUCAAUGCCCGCAAGGAGACGGUGCAGAACGAGGUGUACCUGGGCCUGCCCAUCUUCCGCUUCUACAUCAAGUGCACGCGCUGCCUGGCCGAGAUCACCUUCAAGACAGACCCAGAAAACACAGACUAUACCAUGGAGCACGGCGCCACGCGCAACUUCCAGGCAGAGAAGCUCCUAGAGGAGGAGGAGAAGCGCGUGCAGAAGGAGAGAGAGGAUGAGGAGCUGAACAACCCCAUGAAGGUGCUGGAGAACCGUACAAAGGAUUCAAAGCUAGAGAUGGAGGUGCUGGAGAACCUACAGGAGCUGAAGGACCUGAACCAGCGGCAGGCACAUGUAGACUUUGAGGCCAUGCUGAGACAGCACCGGCUAUCCGAAGAGGAGCGCCAGCGGCAGCAGCAGGAGGAGGAUGAGCGGGAGACCGCGGCCUUGCUGGAGGAAGCUCGGAGAGGCCGGCUGCUGGAGGACUCAGACUCAGAGGAUGAGGCUGCUCCUGCCCCACCCCGGCCGGCCAUCAGGCCCAACCCUACUGCCAUCCUGGAUGAGGCCCCAAAGACCAAGAGGAAGGCAGAAGGCAUGGGCGGCAGGACCCAGUUGGCGGGUUUGGUCGUGGUGAAGAAGACAAAGACACAAGCGAAUGGUGCCACAGGGCAGGGCCAGGCACGCAACCCAGGUGCCUCAGAAAGCAAGAAGUCAGCUGACCCUGUGCCCCAGACGCCUGCUGCCUCCUCCCUGAGCCAGCUCGGUGCCUAUGGGGAUAGUGAUGACAGUGACAGCACCAACUGAGCCCCACCCAGGCCAAGGGGCAUCAGAGGUCCAGGUUUAGCCACACUGGAAGGCAGAGGAGUUGGUGGUCAAGGCAAGUGGCCUUGAUACCAGCCAGAACCACACUGUGCCAUUGUGAGGCCAGAGGCCAGCAGUGGUCUCAGGGGUCUUGGCUUCUCUCUGUCCCCCCAGCAAGCAGCCUGCAGCCCCUCAGGGCCCAACUCGUCCUUUCCAUCUGGCAGGGUGUCAAGGGCCAUGACAUCUGUCGUCUUCCAGUGGACCUGAGAUCUAGACCAUGUUUUGGGGACGGGGCACUGCCCUCCUGGGUCACCUCCACGCCUCCCUUAUGAAACUGUCUAAGCAGUAAAAGGGCACUGCCCAUCAGCCUUGCCUUCUCUGCAGUGAGGUCUUGCUAGCAGGAUUCUCGUCACCUCCGGGGCUUCAGAACUCAGCACUGUGUCACUCAGGCCAGAGUUCAGCAGUUGCACUGCUGUUUUCUGUUACUGCAGCAAGAUGCCUGAGGUUGGUCCUUCAUGAAGAAAAAAGGGUUGCUUAGCUCACUUUUAGAGACUCAAGGCCAAGCAUCCCCUUGGCUCUGGCAAGGACCCCUUUCAUCAUGUCACAUAGCGAUGACAUCAUGGUGCAUGUGGGUACAAGAGGAGGGGUCACAGGUGAGACAGGAAGCUGGAGCCUGGGAGGGGGCUGCAUCUGCUUUUUUGUAACAACCCAUUGGGAAAAUCUGGUGUCCCACGAGAACGAUGUUAGUCUUUUUCAAGGGUAGCGUCCUCCAGAACCCAGUCACCUCCCAUGAGAGACCCCACUUAAACAUCCCAUCCUCCCAGCAUGCCACACUGGGGCCAAGCUCCCCACCCUUGGGGACACUCCAGCUGAUCCUGGGGCAUUGGUUGUGUCCCCUGUUGACUAGCAGCUAGGCACAAUGUUGGGACAAGCCUCAGGAGUGUUUGCUCGCGAAUCUGGGCAAGUUUCUUCCCAGGACAGACCAGGACAGAACUUCCGGAUGAAGGAGGCUCCAGUUGAAGAACCUGCAUGAGGCAGAGUGGGGUGUGGUUGGUGGCGAGUGCUCGUGCGGAAGGUCCUAGGUUUGUCCUCAGGACUGCAAAACAUAACAACAACAAAUAAAAGGUGGGUGCCUCAUCUGAAGGCCCCACGGGAGGACCAGCUUCCACACUUAGAAUUCAGUUGUUCCUGGGCUCCUGGCCCAGGCCACCCUCUGUUCCUUGCCCACAAGGGUGUUGCCAAAGCU